AUGAGAAAGUCGAAACGACCGAAACAAUUAUCUCAACAAAACCACGAAGAAAAUACCGCUUAUCCCUCGCCGAGGUGCUCUGCGGUCGUCUUCGACUGGGACGCCGACGACGAAUUCAUGUCGUCUGGCGACAACCUGCCAUCGAGGCCACUGAGCCUUGCCAUACCCGCUGGCCCAUACUGCCCACGAAGGCCGACACUACGAGAGGUGCUCGCAAACUCGGCACCGCCGCCAUGGACGCUCAGCGCCUUUAUGGCCUACCUUUCACAAAAUCACUGUUUGGAAACACUAGAAUUUACAAUGGAUGCUUCGCGGUACCGGAAACAUUAUGAAACAUUACGAGAGAAUAGCCGUGGGCUACUAAUUACACCGUCGACGGAGGGUUGCGAAUACGUUCGUAUGCUAUGGCAGAAGCUGCUGGAUGCCUACAUCACACCGAAUGGACCCCGCGAGGUCAACCUACCGUCCGACGUUCGCGAUCGCCUCGUCUCUGCCCCAAACCACUUCACACCACCACACCCCUCACAACUCGAUACGGCCGUCAGGAUAGUGUAUGAUCUCAUGGAGGAGAGUGUCCUUGUGCCCUUCCUUAAUUCCGUCUCGGUAACGCGAGGCCCCACCACCUACUCGAGUCCGUACCCGUCGACGGAUGAUAUGUCGGGUAUGCUCACACAGGAGUCUCGUAACUACUCCGGAUCCUCUUCACAGUCAGGCUAUGGAAGUUCGAGCCGUGACACACAAACUUACUCCGGACCUCUACGCCCGUCACAACCUUCUCACCUUGCGCUUGCCCUUAAGCGUGGCCUCGGUUCUCAUUAUACCUCGUCUACGACCAGCAGCGCCGAAGCAAACGACGACUCCUACACCGACGACAGCAUGAGCACCGCCGACUCUCCGACUUCCCUCGGUGAGCCCAUGACGCCCCCAAUCACACCACCCACAUCCGACUCGCUCGACUUCUCCGAUUCAAGCCCGAAGGCGAAAUCCGGGUCCGCCUGGGAGAAGAUGGGCUUCAAGUGGGGACUCCGCAAGACGCGCCCCUCGCACACCUCCGAAUCCAGCUCGAGCACCUCGAGCUACCCGCACGCGCCUCGCCACAAUGCCAACCAAUACAAUCCGAGCACAUCCAGCAGCUACCCGCACGCCCGCCCUCCGCAAUAG